UGGGAUGCCUAUAGCUGGGGAGGUGCAGAAGCCCCGGCAGGAGGAUGAGACCCGCUGCUUAGGAAAUCCCGGGCGCCAGAGCUGGGUUACCAGGCGGAAGGUCCCGAGCCCCGGGGCGGAACGAGGGUGCUGGAGGAGGAAACCGGCGGAGCAGCUUCCACACUCUCAGUUGCGCGUCUGGCGAUGGCGAUCAGAGGUCCUGCUGGGCUCUCCGCUGGGCACUCCCUCCAUUAGCCGCGCCGCGCCGUGCCGUGCUGCGCCGUAGCUGGUGCCUCUCUCCCGGGUCACGGGAUCGGCCUCCCUUCCAGGCACGACCCCCUCCCCCGGCCCUUCGGCCUUUCCCCCCACUCCGCCAUCUCCGACCCGGGGCGCGCGUUCCCCCCGGCCCGGCUCCCUCUCUCCCUCCGGGGGCACCCGCUCCCUAGCCCCGGCCCGGCCCUCCCCGCAGCGCAGCACGGAGUCUCGGCGUCCCAUGGCGCAACCCACGGCCUUGGCCCAGAAGCUGGUGCGGCCGAUCCGCGCCGUGUGCCGCAUCCUGCAGAUCCCGGAGCCCGACCCCUCCAACCUGCGGCCCUAG